AUGGUAUAUUCUCAGAGAGGAAGUCCGGGAGCCCAGCGCCUGCUGCUCUCGCUUCUGCUCUUCGCAGCCUGGGAGGCGGGGAGCGGCCAGCUGCACUAUUCGGUCCCCGAGGAGGCCAAACACGGCACCUUCGUGGGCCGCAUCGCGCAGGACCUGGGACUGGAGCUGGCGGAGCUGGUGCCGCGCCUGUUCCGGGUGGCGACCAAGGACCGCGGGGACCUUCUGGAGGUAAAUCUGCAGAAUGGCAUUUUGUUUGUGAAUUCUCGGAUCGACCGGGAGGAGCUGUGCGGGCGGAGCACGGAGUGCAGCAUCCACCUGGAGGUGAUCGUGGACAGGCCGCUGCAGGUUUUCCAUGUGGAGGUGGAGGUGAAGGACAUUAAUGAUAAUUCGCCUAGAUUCUCUAGACAAGAACAAACAUUGCUUAUUUUAGAGUCAAGAAUGCCAGAUUCGCGGUUUCCGUUAGAGGGCGCCUAUGAUUUGGACAUUGGAUCAAAUGCAGAGUUGAGAUACAAGAUUAAUCCUAAUGAAUAUUUUGACUUGGAUGUUAAAAGAAAUGAAGAAGAAACGAACGUUUUAGAGCUAGUUUUGAAGAAAUCCUUAGACAGAGAAGAAAUACAAGAACAUCGUUUGUUGCUAAUUGCAAUUGAUGGAGGAAAACCUGAACUAACAGGUACAGUUCAGUUACUUAUCAAUGUAUUGGAUGCGAACGAUAAUGCCCCCAAAUUUGAGAAGUCCAUUUAUAAUGUCAGAUUACUGGAAAAUACACCGAUUGAGACAUUGGUAAUUAAAUUAAACGCCUCAGAUGAAGAUGAGGGCAUUAAUAAGGAAAUAGUGUAUUUCUUUAGUAAUCUUGUUUUUGACAAUGUAAAAUCUAAAUUUACAAUCAACUCCACUAGUGGUGAAGUAAAAGUCAAGGGAGAACUGGAUUACGAAGACUGCAAAUUAUAUGAAAUUAAUAUUGAUGCCAUGGACAGAAGCACAUUCCCAUUAGCAGGACACUGCAAAGUUAUAGUAAAACUAGUGGAUGUGAAUGAUAAUGCCCCUGAGAUGGCCAUAACCUCACUUUUCUUGCCUAUCAAAGAGGAUGCUCCCCAGGGCACAGUCAUCGCUCUGAUCAGCGUGUCAGACCGUGACUCAGGUGUCAAUGGGCAGGUGACCUGCUCCUUGACACCUAAUGUCCCCUUCAAGUUGGUAUCCACUUUCAAGAAUUACUAUUCAUUGGUGCUGGAUGGCGAGCUGGACCGAGAGACCGUAUCUGACUAUAAGGUGGUGGUGACCGCGCGGGACGGGGGCUCGCCCUCGCUGUGGGCCACGGCCAGCGUGUCCGUGGAGGUGGCCGACGUGAACGACAACGCGCCUGCGUUCGCGCAGCCCGAGUACACGGUGUUCGUGAAGGACAACGCGCCGGGUUCGCACAUCUUCACGGUGUCGGCGCGGGACGUGGACGCGCAGGAGAACGCGCUGGUGUCCUACUCGCUGGUGGAGCGGCGGGUGGGCGAGCGCGCGCUGUCGAGCUACGUGUCGGUGCACGCGGAGAGCGGCAAGGUGUACGCGCUGCAGCCGCUGGACCACGAGGAGCUGGAGCUGCUGCAGUUCCAGGUGAGCGCGCGCGACGCUGGCGUGCCGCCCCUGGGCAGCAACGUGACGCUGCAGGUGUUCGUGCUGGAUGAGAACGACAAUGCGCCCGCGCUGCUGGGGCCUGCUGUGGGCGGCGCGGUGAGCGAGCUGGUGUCGCGGUCAGUGGGCGCGGGCCACGUGGUGGCGAAGGUGCGCGCGGUGGACGCGGACUCUGGCUACAACGCGUGGCUGUCUUAUGAGCUGCAGCCGGCGGCGGGUGGUGCGCGCAGCCCGUUCCGCGUGGGGCUGUACACGGGCGAGAUCAGCACGACGCGCGCCCUGGACGAGGCUGACGCGCCGCGCCAAUGCCUUCUGGUUCUGGUGAAGGAUCAUGGCGAGCCGGCGCUGAUGGCCACAGCCACUGUGCUGGUGUCUCUGGUGGACAGCAGCCAGGCGCCAAAAGUCUUGCGAACUUCAUUUGGAGCUUCCAGCUCUGAGGCUGCGCUGGUGAAUGUCAACGUGUACCUGAUCAUCGCCAUCUGCGCGGUGUCCAGUCUGCUGGUGCUCACGUUGCUGCUGUACACAGCUCUGCGUUGCUCAGUGGCGCCUUCUGGGAGCAUGUGCGGGCCUGGGAAGCCCAUGCUGGUGUGCUCCAGCGCGGUGGGGAGCUGGUCGUACUCACAGCAGAGGCGGCAGAGGGUGUGCUCUGGGGAGGUGCCACCCAAGACUGACCUCAUGGUCUUCAGCCCCAGCCUACCUCAGGGUCCCACCUCUGCAGACAACGUGAGUUUCAUAAAUCUUACCCCAAUAUUCCUCCUAAUUCUUUUGUAUUAA